AUGCGACUGCUUCUCGUUGCGGGCUUCUUGCAGAGCGUUGUCCUUGCUCACCGGCUUGCAGGUCGCGAUGACCGCAGCCGGAACACUGCUGGAGUACAGGAGCCGGAACUGGAGAAGCUUAGCAGACAGGUGGCCGAGUUAAAGAAGAAGCUGGGCGACAUGGAGCUGAAGCUCGAUGAGAUGGCGACGUGGGCCCCGCCCCCCGCCCCCAGCCCCCCAGCUUCUGGCAUGGAGGAGCUGUUAGAUGAACUCAAAGAGGAGUUCUGGAGCCAUCCCACGGCCGAGGAUUUCUUUCAGAAGCAGACUGUCAUCAACGGAAGCUGCGAUGCAAAAGAUCAGGAUUUCUGCAACAAGAGCGCCGCCCGCCUGGAGGCUGCUCUGAUGGAUCCUUGCCAGGGCUGUGGCUGUCAGGGCCAUGCUUCAGUGGAGGAGAAGCGAGACGAGAACUUGCGCGCUUGUGUUUUACAAAAGCGUCGCUUUGUUCAAUGGGCAUCUGUAGUUUGCCGACGACGCCACAAGGAAGAUCCGCUCAAGUCCUUUCACGACUGCGUAUCAGCUGGGAUGAACCUGCUCUUCGCGACAAAUGAUAAGGUGCCAGCGCAAGAAUGGGCGAAGGCACCGAAGCUCAAAAGCAACCUGGUCCUCUGGAGCCGCGUGACUUCAGCUCAUCUGUCCACGGUGCUGAGCGGGAUACCGGAGGGCUUCAUCCUGGGAGACACGCUGUUUGGUGCAGUGGCCGAGCUGCCAGAAGUCGAUCACUUCAGCAACUGCACGUUUCAGGUACAGCAGCCCACGUGGGCUUCGAAUUCCUUGAGUCUGAUCAGCGAAAUGCCGGCGAAGCAGCGAGUCUAUUUCGUCUCGGGCGCCAACCUACUGUCUGACAAGGGGCGGCCGUUUGGCGAGUCGGUGGCUUUCCGUGUGGAGUUGCCCAGCCUGGGUCGCUCUAGCGGGCACGUUGCUGAGUUGGUUGUGCUGAACGUCCACCCAGAGACGAAGAUAGAGCACCUGGCCACGGCUGUGCGCGCUGCUGUCAAGGUGCCAGAUGAUAAGCUACGCAUUCGAGUCAACGAUUGCAGCCACUGCGUGGACCGAGUCGGCACCGGAUGCAUCGCGCGGUGCGUGGAUCAAGUGCAAACGUUCCUACCACCGAUGCUGGAGAAGGUGACCAGCAAUGCAACCGUUCUCAAGAGCCUGAUUGUGAGGGGCGACCCACGCCUUGUUGCCGGACUGGUGAAGAAUGGCGUCAGUUUUGAUUAUCUUCUGAACCUCACCAAGCAUGCCAUCAACCCCCAGUUCUUCGUGGCUCCCAGCCUUGGGGAGCUGGCCAAGGACGACUCCGAUCUGGCAGAACGGAUCCUGCGAUCCAUGUCUCUAGAGCACAAGGACAUCAAUAACUUGUUGUUCGAUUGGGCCUAUUAUGGUGAUGGAGAUAUCCAGCUAUACAGACUACUUCUACGCCUGGGAGCGGACGUGAACUCCACCCGUCAAGGGAUUCAGGGCCACGGCAUCGAAACGCCCCUUGCAGCGGCCGUGCGUGAGAAUCAUAAAGAGCUCGUGCAGGAGUUGCUGAAUGCUGGGGCGGAGUUGAAUACACAUGCAGCAUCAGGACAAAGAGACACGCCACUCCAUUUCGCUGGAUACAAAGACAUGGCUUUGGUGUUAUUGCAUACGAAGGCGGAUGUCAAUGCCCAAAACAGAUUUGGUCGGACACCCCUGCACGCGGCAUUGUUUCACUCCCAGGGCAUCAUGCGCAGGGACUUGGUCAGGGUUUUGCUUGAUGCAAAGGCCUACGUCAACGUCAGAGACGGCGAUGGAAGGGCGCCGCUCUUCUUUGCAGCGGCGGCCGAUGCAGAUGUGACAAAAGACCUCCUUCAGGCGAGGGCGAAUGUGAACAGCAAAACCAACAAUUUGGAGACGCCGCUCCACAGAGCUUCUUGGUUAGGUUCCAAGGAUGUGGUGGAAGUAUUGUUGGAGGCAAAGGCAGACGUAAACGCCAAGGACAAAGCUGGCCUUACUCCACUUGAACUCCUUGGACAAGCUGUGAAAGGCGAUGCCUUGGCCCUCUCCUUCAGACGAGGAAAGCUGGCUGCUUGGGCGCAUAGGUUUGGAGGCAUUGUGAAGGCACUGGUCGAUGCGAAGGCGGAGGUGAACGGCAGAGAUUACGACACCCAGACAGUGGUGGAAGUGGCCGAUCGACUGCGGCGCCUGGACGUGGCGGAGGCCCUCAACAAUGCACAACAGAUUGAGAACAGGAAGGCCUUGGGAAGAGCGCUCCCCCCCAAACUCUAA